CGCAAAACGAACUCAAAACAUAAUACCCUCUUCCAUUCCCCACUUCUAAUAUGGAGAAAUUUUUUACUCAAUCUGCACUGCUCUGUGUGUUGUUCCUUGCUAGUUCAACAGUAGGAGGUUGCUUCCCUCUUAUGGAAGAAGAGGUCCAAAAGAAUUGGCAAACAUUGAUGGCCCCUAUACUUGAUGUGAAUUUAUCUUCGUCGGGUCAUGAAUCAAAUCAAGCUGGCACGUUGUAUCUUGCAGUAUAUGGAUGGGGUCCUUCAGAUAAUGCUAUAACGUAUUAUGGAGUAGAGGCCACCAUGGAUGUUUAUGGCUUUAAUCUAGAGCAUGGACAACAAACAGGAGGUUUCAUUUCGAUUUAUAAUAAGGAUGAAGCAUCCGCCAUAAAUAAUGUUAUAGCUGGAUGGAAUAUUGAGCCUGAAUCAUACAAUGAUUCACAGACGCACUUCAGUACUUGGUUUACUCAAGGAUCUAAUGCCUGUCCUGAUAUGCGUUGUCCUGGAUUCGAAAGUGUAUUUAGCUCAGAAAUCGUUCCAGGAAUGGUGAUUAACCCUGUUUCCACCACCUCUAGCGACAAACAAUACAUUACAGUCAGAGUAUCCAAGGAUCCAAAUUCUGGUGAUUGGCAAGUCUACUAUGGGUUUAAUGGUGAAGCCAGACUUACAGGUUACUAUCCAAGAUCUCUGUUUACAAGCUUGUCAUAUAAACCAGUGACAAUAAUGUUUGGCGGCUAUGCCUUCAAAAAGGAACAUAAAUUACCAAGUCCUCCGAUGGGCAGUGGGAAUGCUUCAAUCAAAAACGCUGCAUCAUUUAGUAGCGUCAAGUUUUUUGAUGCAGGCGGCAACAGCCAUCAAAUCAAUUCUGCUCUCGGAUAUAUAUCAAAUUGCUACCGUGUCUCUGAUUUUGAACAUGAUGGUUUCUUUUAUGGGGGACCUGGCAAUUUUUGCUAGCUGUUUGUAAUUAAUUGAGCUCCAUUUUAAUGUAGUGAUCGAGAUUCAAUAAAGUUUAUUAUAAUUGA